AUGGUUGAGAUCCACUUGGAAAAGCUUCAGGUUAGCAAUGUGGGACUGGCAGCCAGCUCCAACUGCUUGGAUCUGGAGAUUCUGCACCUGGUCAAAAGCCCCGAGUGGACCAAUGUAGGAUUGGUCUCCGUCGCCGAACGCUGUAAGCUGCUAAGGAAGCUUCACAGUGACGGAUGGAAGGCUAAUCGACCAUGGCUGCCGGCCGAUACUCACGCCCGUAGUCCUAAAUGUCUUGUUUGUAAUGCAGGAGCUGGUGCCGCCGCCGGGAUUAUUGCUGCAACCUUUGUGUGUCCCUUAGAUGUUAUCAAAACCAGGCUUCAAGUUCACGGGCUUCCAACACUCGGCAAUGCUGCGAAUGUUAAAGGUAGUCUCAUAGUUGGUGGUUUGGAACAAAUAUUUCACAAGGAAGGGUUGCGUGGCAUGUACCAUGGGCUCUCUCCCACUGUGCUAGCGUUACUUCCUAACUGGGCUGUUUAUUUCAAAAUUUAUGACCAGCUCAAGAACUUCCUUUGCCCUGAUCACGAGAAUCACCAUCUUUCAAUUGGGGCUAACAUGCUAGCGGCUUCCGGUGCAGGAGCUGCAACAACUAUUGCUACAAAUCCGCUUUGGGUUGUCAAGACUAGACUUCAGACUCAGGAAAUGAGACCUGGUGUGGUUCCAUAUAGGAGUACGCUUUCUGCUUUGAGGAGAAUAGCUCAUGAGGAAGGCAUCCGUGGUUUGUACAGUGGUCUUGUACCUGCUUUGUAA